AAGCGGAGAGCUUACCACAGAGCUGUUCCUCACAGCCCUGGUCCUCUGCAGAGCAUCACUCCACCUCAUCCACCAAGGUCCGUUUUCCCACCUGCAUCCCAGUGCAGUCAUGCUGGGCACAGCAGUGCGGCUCUCGGUCCUGCUCAGCCUCCUCGGCUUUGGGGAAGGCCAGAUGUUUCAUGUGGGACCAUGUCCAGAUCCAUCAGUCCAAGAAGACUUCGAUAUCAACAAGUAUUUGGGGAAAUGGUACGAGAUAGAGAAGCUGCCCUCAACUUUUGAGAAAGGAAGCUGCGUCCAGGCAAAUUACUCAUUGAAGGAGAAUGGAAAGUUCAAGGUGAUCAACAAGGAGAUGCUUUCCAAUGGCAAAGUCAAUGAAGCUGAAGGAGAAGUCAUGCACAUGGAUGUGAAGCAGCCUGCCAAGCUGGGCGUCCGCUUUAACUGGUUCAUGCCUGCUGCCCCUUACUGGGUCAUCUCCACUGACUAUGAAAACUACUCGCUGGUUUACUCCUGCACUAACAUCCUCUGGCUCUUCCACAUGGACUAUGCCUGGAUUUUGUCAAGAGCUCCUGAAAUGCACCCAGAAACCGUGGAGAACCUGAAGAGUGUUCUCCAGUCCUACAAGAUUGACACCGACAAAAUGAUUCCCACUGAUCAAGUCAACUGCCCUCCUGAGAUGUAACUCCCAGCACACAGUGACACAGCACCAGAACAGCGAUGAACUUUGUUGCUUGCUUUAUCAUCCAUUAGAAUUUCUCUAUGUAACUGAGAAAUUUAAUAACCUCUUUGCUAACAGUAGUUUGCCAGCUCAGAGUUACUCCUUGCUGUCAUUCCCUCUGUUGCUCUUCCCCCUUUUUUUUUCUCUUGUUCUGACUUUUUCAGCAUAACUGACUGAGUCAAUGCUAAUGGGUGAAGAAAAGAAACCCUGAAGUGCAGAUGUGAA